AUGAGAGGUAACGCGUUGGUAUUAUUUAUAAUAUUGAAGAAUGCUCGGAUGAGAACCAGACCAUAUGUAUUUCUAGCUAAUCUGGCUGUAGCUGAUCUCAGUGUUGGAGUAUUCUGUGUUAUCCCAAGUUUAACAACUUUUCUAUCACCUGUUUGGAUUUUAGGAGAGAAUAUGAGUUAUAUGACGUCAAUUCUAUUGUUGACUGUGAUAUCAGUUGAAAGAUUUGUAGCCACCAUGUUUCCGCUGAGGGCCAACAACCUGUUUACACCGUGGUAUGUGGCACCAUUGAUCAUCAUGGGUUUCAUGUAUUCUAAGAUAUCUUUAGUCUUGUGGUAUACCAUUUUAUAA